GUGUUAUUGUCGAAUUUCAAUAUUUAUAAAAUUGCAGCAUUCUAGAUAUCUGAAUGUAACACUUUAGAAAUGCAGAUUUUUAUCAAUGAAAAAGUACAAAUAUCAUACAAUAAACUUAUGUUCUAGGUAAGAUUAUUUUGCGAAAUUCCAACACGUUGCCUAUAAAUUUAAGGUGAUAAAUGGAAUAGGUUUCUUUUUUUUUUUUUUUUAUUAAAUGUAUCUAAAAUUCCCGAAAUAAAUUCAAGGAAAGGCAGAAUGCAUCGCGUGUCGAUCUGGCUAUGCAGAAAAUGAGAUGAAAUAAAAAGAUAACAAUUAUCUCUAGAUCACUGUUCGAAUAAACAUGGCGAAUUCGUAAAAAUGGGUUGACUUAUUAUUACGGGUACUGUGAUUUGGGUUAUCAAACAUACGAGAUGUUCCCCUUAGCGUGUUACGUUCGCACGCGUUAGUCGAAACAUUCGUGAUGCGCAAGUCGCUUAAUAAAUAUGCGAUUUGUAUUAUCAUUGUGUCCUUGUCACGUAGGUGGGCGAUUAUCACAAUAAGUGGGACAAGUUUGACAGGACGACUUGGUUAGUCGAAACACGUAAAGUGGAUACAACAAGGAUUACUUUGUUCUGAUGAUUGUUGCUAACAUGAAAGACUUCGAAGAAGAAAGAUGCGUGAAAUCAAGCCUUUGAUGAACUGAAAAGUGAACAGUAUAAACCCAAGAAAAUGAGCUGGUUGCGAGGUAGCCCGCUGAGAACCAGUUUCAGCAAACAACGAUCAAGGGAUUCUCCGCCGAAAGACGCCGAUCCAUCAGCAUGCUAUGACAGCUUCUGUAAACACUGGCAACAAGCAUAUGAAAUUAUCUUACACACAUCUCCACCCAAGGGAAUACUGAAUCAAGAUGAUGUUCUCGGAGUUGUUAAUCACAUAGAUCAUAUGGUGACGCUUUUAGUGCUGGAAUUGAGAGACUCUUACUCUCAUAACAAUUACAGACAAUCGACGACAGCAACGCAUUCUCCUUGUUUAGAAUAUUUAUUAAGCGAAAACCUUCUUGUUAAACUGUAUGACUGGAGUAUAAACACCGGAAGAUUUAAUAACGCUGUACGUUUGGAACAAUUGAAACUUUAUGAACUCUUAGUAUCGCAUAAUAGUAUUCUCCUUGCUCAUGAACCAGUCGCCAGGCCAUUGUUACGAUUACUUGAGGAUUGUGCAAAUGAUAUUAUGCCAUUAGAAGUAGAGAAGAAAUUAGUAGUGCUAUUAAAUCAAUUAUGUGUUACUUUAAUGCAAAACAUGGCAUUACUUGAUUUGUUCUUUCAUCCAACAGCAACAGGGAAAAACAAGUUGGUAGAAUGUAUAUAUAUUAUUUAUAAGAAAUACAUAUUGAAAUAUUAUAGCAUUCAAAUAUGUUACAGAUUUAUUAUUUUUACAUUGUUAAUACCGCACGUGCAUAGAGAAGGAGGUGUAGGACAGCAAGCGCGCGAUGCCAUGUUACUUUGUAUGUCUUUGUCUAAAAGGAAUGACGAAGUUGGAGUAUAUAUCGCGGAUCAUUCUAAUAUAUGUCCCGUGUUGGCUACAGGUUUGAGCGGACUAUAUUCGCUACUGCCUAGAAAAUUAGAUAUCGAAACAGACGAUUGGCAUAGAUUGACGCCGGACGAUGUUAACGAUUUACCGGCGUUAAUGCAUUUAAUGAAUUCUCUGGAAUUUUGCAAUGCUGUCGCGCAAGUUGCGCAUCCUUUGGUACAGAAACAGUUACUGGAAUUUUUAUAUCAUGGUUUUUUGGUACCUGUAAUGGGUCCAGCUCUGUUGCAGGAUUCUCUUGGUUUGACCAUAGAACAGCUAGAUGCACAAGAACACUGGACAACCGUGGAAGAAUUAGUUGCAGCAACAGCAUAUUUCGACCUAUUCCUUCGAUCUGUAACCGACCCUGGUCUUCUGCGUUCACUUGUUAGAUUUUUACUCGAAGACAAUUACGAUGAGUGCAGAAUAUUAGACAGUUUUAUUAAAAGGAUAUCUUCCAGAUCGCGGUUGUGCAUAGUAACUCUGGCACUGUUCGAAACUUUGGUAAACUUAAACUGCGAAGACGUCAUGUUAGAAUUGUGCUUAGCUGCAUUGAGCCCGUGUUCGCACGUGAUGCUCUCUCAACGUAGAAGGCUAAGGGACAUAGAUCCGUUUGGCCGUGCAGCUGAAAAGUUUUUAUCUUUGAUGCCAAAUUGUUGUUCGCCGCUUGCAUCUAUCAACACACAAUUCAGUUCUUUACCGAAUAACGCGUCGCAAGAAAAUCACUCGAAUCCCGCAUCCGAAUCCUUGAAAUCAUUACCUGUGUCCAUAAAUUACGGUGCCAGAUCAUCGGAUAGUUUGUAUGGAAAUUACCAUGCAUACUUGUGCGAUGCUCGACAAAAAAUAAGAGCUUGCAGAAUCGCGUGUUCCAACUGGUCGUAUCAAUAUUACGGAGAAUUUCCCAAAAAUAGUAGCACGAGUAGCGCAACAACAUUGAUAGACGACAACGCGUUGUCGGAUAGGCCUCCGAAGAAAGCUGAAACAACCAAGGCCUUGUCAUUGGAAACAUUAAAACAAUCUACGCUUGACGGUGAAAUUAACGAAAAUUCAUCGAUGGACAAUAUGUUACUUAACAUACAGUCUUUGUUAGAUGGGAAAGAAUUACAAGCAGCGGAGAAAGAUGAAAAAACGGAAUCUCUCACGACAACAGGAAUAGAGUUAUCAUUAGAAGAACAAGCAAAAUUAGAUGCGGAUAUCGCUGAAUUAUUAAGCGAAGACAUCGGAGCAUCGGAGUCUAUUAAGGAAAUUUCGUCGAUAGAUAAAAAGGAACCCGAUAGCGGUAUCGAUGACUCGAAUACCGCCAUGAAUUCGCUGUUGUCGUUAGGGGAAAGCAGUGGGUACGAAAGCUUCGCGUUCAAAGGUUCAUCCGAGUCAACUCCCGAUAACGAAUCCAGCGAAGAUCGAAUGAGCGAACACGAGAAAGUAGACGUUGGAUUGAAUAAAGAGCAUGAUAUAUUUCAUAGUAUUAUGGAACCAAGUUCGGUCACGGCAGAGGAUUUAACAGUAAAUAAGCAAAGUAAAGACAGCUAUCGUCAAGAUGUAUUUAACGGGCAGCCGAAUGUCGGUAUAUUUUUGGACGUUCUUUUACGAAAGCUCGAAUGUAUGACGAGUAAUAAUUUAUACGUUAAUUUACAUUUAACUGGGCUCAUUAGUAGACUGGCAAUAUAUCCUCAGCCUUUGCUGCAAUCAUUUCUAUUAAAUCAUUCCCUGGUAUUUCAACCCAGUAUUAGAUCGCUGUUUCAGGUACUCGCAUCAUUGAAACAUAAAAUAGAUCAAUAUCUUUCUCAACAUAACAAUGUGGACGUAUUGGUAGAACAAGCACAGCUAUUUUUGAUUAGCCGUGAAGAUAAAUUAGUGAAUGCGAGAAAGAAUGCAUUAGAGGCUGCCGCCCAUUCCGCGCCCGUUAAAAGAAAUUCCGUGAGCGGAGAGCCAUUCUCGAGAGUAUUCAAACGAUGUGAAAGCAAACGAUGGAGUUUAACGUCGUCCUUUACGCAAAUGCUUAGAAGGUCAAGUGGUGGUGGCUCUGGUUCGAGUAGUUUAAUCGGUACUAUUAAUCAACCAACCGGUAUGCCAGAAAAUCAGUUGGAAGCUAUCGGGCAUGGCUCCGGAUACCGGUAUUAUACGAAAACGUCCUGGGAAUCCCCAAACGAAGUAAGUCCAGUACAAAAUGUGGUCUUAUGCGCAGUUAUAUUAGACGAAUGGUUAAAAGAGUUAGCCGCUAUUACACAGGAACAUGCCAUCAUGUCUUUUACACAUAACCUCGAGUUUAAAGUUUAACAUGUAAGACGACUUGCGUUCGAAAAUUGAAAUUCAGUUGACAAGUAGCAUAAUUCUACUCAAACCAAUUUCCCCUUUUACAGGGUUUUAAUAAAUAAAUAUGUGAUAUACCGCUAGAUUUAUAAAUAAUAGAUCAUAUUAUAGCGUAUAGAAUGAUUGAGUCGUCGUCCAAUAAAAUGUAAAGAUUUACAAUAAGUAUACGAUAAAGUAUACAAUAUGUUGCUACAUACACAAAAAAAAAAAAGAAAUUACGAUGCUACUUCAUUUUGCAGAUAUAGAGACAAUGGAUUAAAUAAUUACUCCAAAUAUUGUAGAUAUGUUUGUGUUUCUGUUAAUGCUACCAAUUAUGAGCAGGAGUUACGUUGCGUUGACGUUGUGUUAACGAAAGAUUAUAAUAUGACAAAGUUUAUUUAAUAUAGGCGAUUUUAAUGUACUAAUUAAUAUGUAAACAUAAUCGGCCGAAUCUUAUUGCGAAGACUGACAUUUAGAGCAAUUUCCCAUACAAUAUCUACGUAUUAAAUUAUUACAAAACUGAAUAAUUUUUUUAAACAGUUAAAAAGAACAUAUAAUCCAUUUUUUUUCAAAGUGCCAAGUUACUGCUUUCAUACGUUAUAAUAUAUUCAACAUUUUGGAAAUUGUUCCAAAUGUUUUCCACGACUUAACGAUCAAAUAAUUUCUAGGACAAAUUAGUUUUAUAAAAGAAACGAGUAAUAUACAUAGACGUAUAAAAAUUGCAAAUUUUACACUCGAUAAUGGUGCAUAAUAGAAAAAUAAUCACAAAGCCUGUUUGAUUAUUCGUACUUAAUUUAUUAUACGAACACAUGUAAGUACCAAUUAAUGUAUAUGCAGAAGUAUAUUUUAAAAUUUCGGUAGAAGAAAGAUAUCGUAUAAAUAGAGAAUUCACCUCAUCAUGAAUCUUUAAAUAAUCAAGUCUAAAAAUGAACACGGAAGCCCAAGUUGACAGACAUUAAUAAUGUACAGGAUAUUUAAUGAUGUUUUGUUAAAUAUAUUUAUCGUCAUUGUUACUACUGUCAUAUUGGAUACAGUGUAAAAUGACAUUUCAUUUUACACUUUUGUAUCGAUAAGGUAAUAUUAAUUUAUUAAAUAUUUUGUUCGAUCUUUACAAUUUAUAUUGUAAAGCAUAAUCAAUUUUAAUAAACCAUAAUUGCUACCUAUACGGUAGUGUGACAAACUGAAAAGGUGUCAGUACUUGCCAAUAUCGCAAUACUAUUGCACAAAUAUAAGAUGCUUGCCUGUAUGUACAUAAAUUACAUAUCAAAGCUUAAUUAUUAACACGUUCGAGACCGAUAUAUUAUUACAAAACUAUCCCAAAAUGGCCGUCAAUAUUUUUAAUGUUCUGUUCUUACUCACAUACAACUCAUCGAUCACGAAUGUGUUAAUGCGUGAAACAAUUCAGCUCAAUUUUUGUUGAUGAUCAUUAGGCGUCAAUAUUAAUGUGAGUGUAAUUUUUAAUAUAUUACGAUAAUUAGAAUGCAAUUAACGAUGGCGGAAGUGCAAAAUGUACAUCGGAAAAUACUGUGACUAUGUAUUGUGUUUAUCUUUGUAGAUUGACAUAUUUUUUGAUCACUUUAAAAAAUUUGUAUUUAGUAUAAAAUACUUGCCGUAAUGUGAUAUUAAACUAGGCUUUCGAUAAAUUGUCUUUAUUGAAAUAUUUUAACUUUGUUUUUCUUUUCGAAUGCACACGGAGCAUUUUCUUCGUAAUGUUAAAAAUAAUGGUGUUUAAUUGAAUACUGUCGUCAAUUUUAUGACUCUUAAUAAUCGCUUGCAAUGUUUGCAUAUAAUGCAUGUCGCAAUAGCGUUAUUUUAUUUUUAAAUUUUAUUCAUAAUUUUUAACGUUACUUCGCUAAAAAUAUUAUCUCCACGUUGAAAGCAAUUUCUUAAAUUUAUUUACAUUAUAAUUUUAAUGAAAUUGUAAUGAAAUUUAUAAUGUAAAUUUUUACGUUUUAUUAGAAAAAUUUUAUCAAAGACAUGCAAUAUUUUCAAACAAAUCUCUAUGCUUGGUGUUUUAUCAUAAAUAAUAUAAUUUAAUAUUUAUUAUUAAUUUAACAUUUACUUUACUGUUACGUUUAAUGUUGUUGAUAAAUUUGAGGAAUAAAAUAGUCUAUUGUAAUUAUACAUUAUACAUACAAUUCAUUAUAAAGUAAUUAUGUACCAAGUUUGUAAUAAUUACAAGAUGAGUAUUCGAACGAAUGCGUCAAAGAUUGAUAACCUUUUGACAAAAGGCAAUUAUCACGAUUAAUUAAAUUGGUUUAUAUCAAAUUUACUGUACAUAUAAAUUUUGAUUAACAACAAUGUUAUCUAUGCGAAUUGUACAUUGAAAAUUUAAUAUAAAAUAGAGCGUAUAUUACUGUGUUAUACUGAAAUUGUUUUAAUAAAAAACAACAUAUAAAA